UAUGAAUCUCCCCAGUAACCCUCAAACCACGCUCGCUUUUGGCAUACUGUAUUUCAGGUUUACGAGUACAGUUACUUUGAGUGUCUUGCACUGCUGAUCUUUUGGAAUUUGAAAUAAUGCCCAACAAAGCCCAAGAGGAUGCUGUGAUUAACCUAAAGACACUGCAAGAGAUUUCCAGUCAGCUCGGUUUUGAGUGGACCGUUUUGGCGUAUGAGCUUGGUUUCAACCGAACUGAGAUUGCUCGAUUUCACUCCAAAUCUCCAGAAAAGAGUGUGCAGGCUAGGACCAUGUUGGGGAGCUGGUAUGAUAAGUCAUGGGACAAGCCCAAUAAGACCAAGCUGCUGCAGGAUGCACUGGAUCGAGCAGGCAGACGGGAUCUGGCUGAGAGGCUGCGCUGCCUCCACUGGGGCCACCAGAAGCUGAGCAAUAGGGUUGAACUGCCCUCUGCCUUCCCCUUCCUCAUCACAGUUCACAAGACCAUCCACAACCAAGAAGCACUACGCAGGAUCAACGAUCUCAACCGUAGAUACAAUUAAAGCUGGGUGAAAAUGUGGAAAAUGUGGCAAACUUUCUACAUGCCCCACUGGAAAUAAAUGUAUUGUGUCACUGAACAAAUAGGUGAGAAGCAUAGACCAUGUAUAAAGUAAUGCAACUUUCUAUCAUGGAAUAAAAUAAAAGGUUUCAAUAAAGAUGAA